UCCUUUACUACUGAUGAUAUCCUUCUUCUUCUCCUGUAAAUACUAUCCGUAUCCGAUAGCUGCCUUCUUGUCCUAUUUCGUCUUUUCUUGGAUAGUUCGCAAAAUAGUUUCCUUGUACGAAGAAGGAGAGCAAUUGUCAGUAUUAGAGCAACUGUCAUCAGGUGAAAACAAGAUCGAUCACGAACUAAUUAGAACGAGAUUGGAGAUGGCAGACGUUCUUUUACAUUCCAGGCAAAUUCAGCUGCAUCAAAUGCCAGAAAAUCAAUCAGAAGUCUCUUCUUUGCAAACUCAGCCACACCAAUUACAAGAAUUUCCACCAGAUGUCUCUCCCUUGCAAAUUCAACCAUCCUACAUAACAGAAUGUGCACCAUCUUCUUGUCAAGUAAAAUCAUAUAAAGUAACAGAAUGUCCACGAAAACCAUUUUCUUGCCCUUUUCAUAAAUACAAAACAUCAGAGGCGCCUUUGUCAACAGAUGUCAAUUCCAUGACCAAACCUCCUUUGGAUUCUAAGAAUUUGGCCCAUUUGUUGCAACCUUUGCAAUAUAGUACUGAACCGUUUGAAGAUAUUCCGGAGUUGAACAGCAACGUUUUACCUGUCAGCGGGAAUUCCAAAAGCACAAGUCGUAGGAAGCGGCAGAAAUUAAAAGAUGAGGUGUUACGUAAGCCAAAACAACGAAAGAAGAAACCUGCGAUUCAAUCAGAAUAAACUCACAG